GCAAAGUGGUGGAUAAAAGACAUUUCUGCCCUGGAAGCUGAUAUUAAUACCGCCUGUCAGCACUUUACCGCAUUUUGAUCAUUGGGUAAAAACAUGCAGAUCUUUGUGACGACUCUAUCUGGAAAGACGCUCACUCUCAAGGUGGAGCUCACGGACACGAUUGAGAAGGUGAAGACCAAAAUCCGUGCCAAGGAAGGACUUCCAGCCCGCCAGCAAAGACUGAUCUUUGCUGGCAAGCAACUGGAAGACGAGCGCACCCUCUCGGACUACAACAUCCAGAGGGAGUCCACCAUCCACUACAUCCUGCGUCUGAGAGGUGGCAUGCAGGUCUUUGUGAAGGACUCGCUCGGAAGGCUCGACCCUUACGAGGUUGAGAUCGGCGACACUGUGGAGAGUUUGAAGGAGAAAAUCCGGGACGUGACGGGGGUUCCUCUUUACGAGCAGGUACUGGACUGUAACGGCCGGAGGCUGCUGGAGCGAGAACGCUUGUCCGACUGCAACAUCAGUCAGCAGUCUGUGAUCGAUCUUAGGAUGAGUAGCUGUCGGAAAAUGCGGAUCUUUGUGAAGACCCUCACUGGCAGGGUCCUCACCCUCUACGUCAGGGCUGAUAACACCAUUAAGAACGUGAAGGCCAUAAUCCAAGAACAAGUAGGGAUUCCUCUUCACCAGCAGGCACUGACCUUUGGCCGAAGUCAACUGGAGGAUGACAAGUACUUGUUUUCAUACAGGAUCAAGGCCGAAGCGACCCUUCAUCUUGUCCUGCGUCCUUUGUGA